GCUGGCCCCGCCUCCCCACUUCUCUUUCAUUCACCUGGGAAGAGUGCUGCUGGCCAUGGGCGCCCGGGCAGAGGGAGAAAUGUUGGCCAGGACUCUGUGUGUGUCUGCUCCCGGGAAAGUUAUACUUCAUGGUGAGCACGCUGUGGUCCACGGAAAGGCUGCUUUGGCUGUGGCUGUGAACCUGAGGACCUUCCUUAAGAUGACCCCUCGGAAUGAUGGCAGAGUCUCGGUAGAGCUGCCAAAUAUUGGGACCAGGCUGUGCUGGGAAACCGCCGAGCUCCAGCCACUGUUAGUGGCCUUCCCUGCUGCUCUGACUGAAUCUCUGCCCCCCAGCCCGGAACAAAUAGAGAAGCUGAAAGAGUUUGCAGGGCUCACCGACACAACGGCGGCCACUCAAAGCCUUGCUACCCUCGCGUUUCUGUACCUGUACUUGUCCAUCGCAUCCAAAUGCGGGUUCCUGCCAAGCGUGGCCAUCUUGGUGUAUUCUGAGCUGCCCACGGGAGCCGGGUUGGGCUCCAGCGCUGCGUAUUCGGUCUGCCUGGCAGGAGCCCUGCUUUCCGGCUGCGGAGUCAUCGGCUACCCCCUGGAGGAGGGCCAGGCGGUGGGCAGGUGGUCUGAAGAGGAGCUGGCCCUGAUUAACAGCUGGGCCUUCCGAGGAGAACAGGUGAUCCACGGGAACCCAUCGGGGGUGGACAACGCAGUGGGGACGAGGGGCGGAGCUCUGCGGUACCAGUCGGGGAACAUCUGCUCCUUAAAAAGUGUCCCCACAUUAAGGAUUUUACUGACCAACACGCGAGUUCCUCGGAGCACCAAGGUCCUGGUGGCAGGAGUCAAAGACAAGAUUAUGAAGUUUCCUGCCGUAAUGGAGCCUGUUCUCACGUCAAUAGAUGCCAUUUCUCAGGAGUGCGAAACAGUUCUUGAGGCGAUGGCUGAACGUCCGUCCCUGGAGCACUACCCUGUUCUGGAGGAGCUCGUGGACAUCAAUCAGCACCACCUGAACGUGAUGGGCGUGGGCCACUCCUCGCUGGACAAGGUCUGCCAGGUGACCGCCUCGCACGGCCUGCACAGCAAACUGACGGGGGCCGGUGGAGGAGGCUGUGCCAUCACCUUGCUGCGACCCGACACGGCCCCCUCGGUGGUGGAGGCCGCCAUCCGAGACCUCGGCGACUGCGGCUUUGAGUGCUGGGAGACGGACAUCGGGGCCUCCGGGAUACGCGCCCAUUCGCUGCAGUCCCUCAAAGCGGAAGUGCUGGAGGCUUUCGGCAGGAUGUGAAGGUGGCGAGGACGGAGCUCUCCUGCAGAUUGCUUUGGGGCCCUGGCUUGGAGUGAACGCGUGACGCCCUCCGCGGCCCGGCACGGAACGAUGGGAUCUUUUU